GCGUGUUCCUCCUGCGCCAAGACCGAAAACGGCAGCAGUAAAAAUUUCAAUCAGCGCGAGAGCGAGCGACGGGGACAGCAGCAGCCGCAGGCGGCGGCCACCACCGGGCACCGCAUGGGCUCCGACGCCGAUACCUCCGCGGGGGCGGCGCGGGAGAGGGAGGCGGAGAUCGAGAAGGCCAUGCGCGCCCGCGUCCCAGACUUCAAGAAGCAGGCCGAUUCCUUGACCCUUGAAGGAGUUAGGAGAGCACUGGAGAAGGACCUAGGUUUGGAGAUAUAUUCACUUGAUGCACACAAAAAGUUCAUAAAGCAAUGUGUAGACAAGGUUUUUGCUGAAUCUGAUGAUGAAAACACAAAUGAUAAUGCAUCAGAGGAUGCUGAAGCUAAAGAUGAUCAUUUAUCCAAAGAAGGAUCGGAUGAUGCUAAACCAACACCUGUUUCAAACAAAACAACCUCCAGUGCUGAUGCUCAAGUCGUAAAAUCUAGUGAGACAGGAAAAGAUCCUGAGGAAGAAAAGGAUAAAAUUUCCAGCAGUGAUAUUAGUGAAGACAUGAUAAAAGAAGCCAUUGAAAAGAGGGCUUCUUAUUUUAGAAAGAACUCAGAAACUCUUACUUUGCAAGGAGUACGCCGUACUUUGGAAGAAGAUCUCAAGCUUCAGAAGAAAGCUUUAGAUGCCUACAAGAACUUUAUUACUACACAAUUAGACAAGGUUUUGCAAGAACCUGCCAAUGGAACAAAGAAAAAAAGUAAAAAGGGACCUCCCAUGGAUACUGACCGAAAAGCAAGUAAAGGCUCUAAAAGAGCCCGUGAAGACUCAAACAGCUCUGAAUUAGAAAAUAGCCAGAGUGAGAUGGAAGAUAGCGAUGAAGAUGCAAGGCCAAGAAAGAAAAGGGCAGAAAAACCUAAAGUCAUCAAAAAGCAGAAAAAAGUUCCAGAUGAGAAGAAACUGUCAACCCUAAAGGCUAAAAAAGUUGCAAAACAAGAUUCAGAUAGAAGUGCUGAUGAACAGGGUGGCAGCUCAGCAGAAGAGGAUAAUUCACGUUCAUCUGCUGAGGAAGAUAACAAGAGAAAACGACAACAGGCUCCAGCUCCAGCUCCAGCUUACGGGAAACAUGUAGAGCAUCUGAAGUCAAUAAUCAAGUCUUGUGGGAUGACUAUUCCACCUACUGUGUAUCGGAGAGCCAAGCAAGCUCCUGAGCACAAACGGGAGGCCUGUUUGAUAAAGGAGUUAGAGGAUAUGCUUGAAAAGGAAGGAUUGUCAAAAAAUCCUUCUGAAAAAGAAAUCAAAGCAGUGAAGAAAAGAAAAGAAAGAGCAAAGGAACUUGAGGGCAUAGACACGAGUAAUAUUAUCACUAGUUCUCGUCGCCGAAGUACAUCAAGCUUCAUACCCCUGCCACCACCACCUAAAAUAGAAGCUGAUAGUGAUGAUGAUGAAGAUGAUGAUGCGAAAGACGAUGAUGAAGAUGAGGAGGAGAAUCUAGAGGAUGGAGACGCAGGUGAUAAUGAUGAUGCAGAAGCUGGCGAUGGUUCUGCUGAUGAUGCUGCAAAGGACAGCGAUUGAUUCCUGCGCCAGAUAGGUGGAAUCAGUUCUGACCAUAUAGGUUCAGCUUCAUGUUGACUUUCGGCGAGUUGGCUGGGUUUCGUGGAUGCCUUUGGAUGUAAUCAGUUGUUCAGGAGCUUUAUCUUCUGAUGUUUAUUCAUGUGUGAUUGGAACAUUUGCUAGCUUCAGCUUCAGUGAAACAUCAGGGAACAGAUUGUUCUUGUAAUUAUGUACAACUCGCAGCAUCUUGUUCGUCGUGUAGAUGCAAGCGUCGCAGAAUUUUAAGUUAGCGGUAAUUAAGUACUGUAUUGAUUUAUUAGUUCUAAUCAAUAAACUUUUGUAGAUGAGGGAUUGAAAUUUC